AUGAAGUCUGUCUUGGUGUUGCUGGCCUUUUUGGCCGUCUCACAGGGUCUUCUCAGGAUUCCCCUGAUGAGAGGGAAGUCAGCCAGACAGCUGCUGGAGGAGAGAGGCCAGUUUGAGGAGUACAGGAGGAAGUUUCCAUACGACCCUGCAGCGAGGUUUCUCCCCAGGAACGAGCAGAGCACGGUGCCCAUGACCUACGACCCAGAUUUAACAUACUACGGACUGAUUGCCUUUGGGAGUCCAUCCCAGUUCUUUAAAGUUCUCUUUGACACCGGUUCCUCUGACCUCUGGGUUCCCUCCAUAAGUUGCACCAGCUCUUCAUGUGACAAUCACGCAAAGUUCAACAGCUCAGCGUCCUCCACUUUUGAGGCCGGCACAAAGCCUUUCUACAUCUCAUACAACAGUGGGUUUGCAGCAGGAAGCACCGGGUAUGAUACUGUAAAGAUAAGUGACCUCUACGUGGCGCACCAGCUUUUCGGCCUCACAGAAACAGAGGCAAUUUUUCUGGGAUAUGUGCCCUGGGAUGGGGUUCUUGGUCUGGCCUUUCCUGGCAUGUCAUUCGAGGGAAGCACACCUUUAUUUUACAACCUGUGGAACCAGGGAAAACUCCCUCAGAACAUGUUCUCCAUGUACCUGAGCAGUUCUGUGGAGGGCAGUAUGUUAAUUCUGGGAGGAACAGAUCCCACAUAUUACACUGAAAGCAUAAAGUGGAUCCCACUUUUCCGCGCCACUAACUUUUGGAACAUCCACAUCCAAAGCAUCACCAUCAAUGGGAACACGGUUGCAUGCUCUGCAAGCUGUGAAGCGAUAGUAGACUCUGGUACUUCUGUAAUCAUCGGCAGCUACAAAGAUAUCAACAACAUCAAUGGCUGGUUGGGUACUUUCCCAGAUCAGAAUGGGAAUGCUGCUUUAAGCUGCACUAACACAAAUCAGCUGCCAGACGUUGUGUUCAACAUAAACGGCUACAGCUUCGCUCUUCCUCCAUCAUCCUAUGUCAUGAAGUCUGCCUCUGGGUGCACAACAGGGUUUGCGCCUGGCCCCUGGAUCCUGGGCGAGGUCUUCAUGCGGCAGUUCUACACCGUCUUCGACAUCGGCAACAACAGGGUGGGCUUUGCUCAGGCUGUGUGAAUACAUGUGAAGAGCUGAGUCAGGUUAAAAUGAUAUCAGCCAUUUGUCAGAGGUUGUAGUCUGUGUCGCCCUAAUAGAGCUAAAGAAAGUAACUGACUAAUUGAUUUUGACUAAUAAAAUAAUACC